AAUUAGUUUUAAAUACCGGAAGUGCGGCCAUUUGCAAUGUUUUUGAAGCAACUGCUGUGCAAAUUUCUUGGAUUUUAACCUAUUUGGAAUACCUUUUGUCAUAAAUAAAAUGUUUUACUGGCUUUCUGUGCCAGUAGAAACAAGAUAGAUAAAUAAUUAUGUCGAUUAACAGAAACCUGUGUCAAAAACAGGGAGCGGUACUGUGUGACCAAUGUUACCAUUAUGCAUACGGGUAUAGUUACUGCAGUGGUUACUGUACAGGGUACUCCGGAUCUGAGUACUGUAUAUAUUAUACAGGAUAUUAUAUUUUCUCUGGUGGAGCCAUAGCUGGCUUAGUUUUUGGAAUAAUUGCCGCUGCAGCUAUUUUUAUUGUCGUCGUUAUUAUUUGUAUAAAAAACCACAAUAAACGAACGACUGGACGAGUUGUGGCACCUGCUCCUGGCACAACAACAGUAGCUGUCACUAACACAACACAUCCAACAGGAUACAUGCAACCAAUGAAUCCGUACCCAAGCUACACGACACAACCACCGCAAUACAGCCCAAUGUAUCCACCUCCGCCAGCUUAUUCAGUUCCGAUGUCGCAAGGAUAUAGUGCACCAACACAACCACAGUACAACAGCAUAUACAACCAACCAGCAUUUGGGAACAGAACGCAGACAACAAAUGUAUAACUUUGAUAGUGUUUAUACUUCACCAUUUAUUUUUGAUAUAUUUAUAACUACUAUUCUGCUUUCCGUGGGCAUAAAAAAAAACAGUGCUGAUAUUUAUAGUGUACUUUGCAGCAUUAUAUCCUUUCUUGAUAACGAACAAAGCAUAAAGUUCUUUAACUCUAAUAGAAUUGGUGGAUACUAAACAAAAUGUGUUUUUCUUGUGACGUCGUUACGAUGUGAUAUAAAUAAAAUUUAUUUUUUUUA